AUGUCCAACAUAUGUGUUGCUUCGUCUAAACUGAAUCUUCCCACUCUUCUGCGAAGUGUCUUUCGCUCUGAAUUCACCGCCGAACUUCGUCCUCAGCAGGAGCCCAAGAGCCUCUUCCUCACACGACCAACACUAUUCACCUAUCGCAGAGUUCGAGAUGGCCGACAUUUCAGCUCGCUCACCCGGUCUCUCGAAUUCCAAUCCAGGUCGCCUGUUUCCUCCCACAGUUCGCUUCUAGUCGCCACCGAUGUCUGCAGUACGCCACAGCCCAGCGAAUCAGUCAAGCUCAGCAAUGAUCAAGUCAGUGUAUCUCACGCGACUGACUCUACAGGUGCUAUCUCUACGCGACAGUCCGCGAACAACAAGAAAGGUUCUGGAACACGAGCGACGCCAGACUUAAUGGCAACCGAAAGCGAUUCUUCGAAAACAAGCCGCUCGCAAGGCCCUCGAGUUUCCGCUCUCUCAAGCCUCGCGAAGUCCAAUAAGAAGCGCGAGACAUGGCAGAUUCAGAAAGAUGCUUUAAAAAAGAAGUUUAAAGAGGGUUGGAAUCCGCCGAAGAAGUUGUCGCCCGAUGCGCUGGAUGGAAUCCGCCAUCUGCACUCUGUCGCGCCAGACCGCUUCACCGCAUCUGUACUUGCGGAACAAUUUCAGGUUUCGCCAGAAGCGAUUCGGCGCAUUCUGAAGAGCAAAUGGCGGCCCUCUGCUGAGGAAAUGGAGGAACGACGCGAGCGGUGGGAUCGAAGACACGAUCGCAUUUGGAGUCAAAUGACCGAGCUGGGUCUCAGACCGAAAAGCCGCCGUGCAAAUCAAUAUUCGGACGCGAAGGUACUAUAUGAUGAUUCCGGUAAGCAGGAAUAG